UUGGUUUUAAGAUAUAUCAUAAUAGGACUUCCCGCCAACAACUGUUGUAAUGUGUACCACAUGAAAAGGACAGUAGACUGUGCAAAUAUGGAACAGAACGGACUAAUUCCUAACAAGAAACAACGACUGAUAGCGAAAAAUCCAGUGACUGUUGUUUUAGGUACUCAGUGGGGCGAUGAAGGAAAGGGAAAGAUUGUCGAUAUGAUUGCAUCAGAUGCGGACAUCUGUUGUCGUUGUCAGGGAGGAAACAAUGCUGGACAUACAGUUGUUGUUAAAGAGAAAAUGUAUGAUUUUCAUAUUCUGCCAAGUGGAAUUGUUAACCCUGACUGUAUAGCUGUCAUUGGAAAUGGUGUUGUUGUUCAUUUACCAGAUUUAUUUGAAGAAAUUGAAAAAAAUGUUCAAAAAGGACUAGAAGAUUGGGAAAACAGACUGAUCAUAUCUGACAGGGCACAUUUAGUAUUUGAUAUACAUCAGAUAGUUGAUGGAAUACAGGAAUCUGGAAGAGGCAAACAUGUUAUUGGAACCACAAAGAAAGGAAUAGGUCCAACAUAUUCAUGCAAGGCUACUAGAAAUGGUUUACGAAUGUGUGAUUUAUUGGGUGAUUUUACACUUUUCUCAGACAAGUAUCAAAAACUUAUAGAUUAUUAUACAUCUCAUCAUCCUGAUAUCACAGUAAAUGUUGAAGAAGAUCUUAAAAAACUAAAGGUGUACAGAGAAAGAGUUAGUCCCUUAGUUAGAGAUACUGUUCCAUUCCUACACAAAGCAAUCAAAGAUGGGAAGCAUAUUUUGAUAGAAGGAGCACAGUCUACAAUAUUAGAUAUUGAUUUUGGCCUUUAUCCAUUUGUGACAUCAUCUAACUGUAGUGUUGGGGGUGUAUGUACAGGACUAGGUAUACCACCUCAUGUCCUUGGUGAAGUGUAUGGAGUGGUCAAGGCUUAUCUCACAAGAGUUGGACAAGGAGGUUUCCCAACUGAACUUAUGGAUGAGACUGGAGACUUAUUGAUUAAUAGAGGACACGAAUAUGGUGUAACUACAGGUAGAAAAAGACGUGUUGGAUGGUUAGAUAUGGUGAUGUUAAACUUUUCAAAUAUGAUAAGUGGAUUUACUGGGAUUGCCAUAACAAAGCUUGACAUUUUGGAUAUCUUUAACGAGAUCAAGAUUGGGAUAGGAUAUUGUCUGAAUGGUAAAAAAUUGGAAAGUUUUCCAGCACUAGCGGAAGACUUAAAGCAUGUAACAGUUGAGUAUAUCACCCUUCCUGGUUGGAAUCUGGACACUUCGAAAGCCAGAUCAUUUAGCAAUCUUCCUCCUAAUGCUCAGGCUUAUGUCAUGAAAAUUCAGGAGUUAAUGAAUGUACCAGUUAAAUGGAUUGGUGUUGGACAAGCCAGAGAAUCCAUUAUAGAAGUAGCUCAGAUAUAACAGAUUUAAUCGGAUGAAAGAUGUUGAUAUUUUUAUAAAGGGUUUUACUCCAAUUAGUUCUGAUAUAUUUUAAUACAUUUUUUAUUUAGGUUUUUAUGAUUGGGAUGCUUAUAUUGUAAUUUGCUUUCUUGUACUGUGUAAUAAAGUCCCUGCAGAAGGAUGUUUGUGCCCUAUACUUUUCAAUUUGUCCAUCUAUCAACAAUGUUUGUAAACUCAAAAACUCCGGAAGAUAUGGAAGGAAGCCAAUAAAUUUUACUCUGGUUUUUAUACAUACAAAUUUUUUUUUUUAAUUUGGACGUAUAAUGGUAUAAUGUUGUCAGCGUCGUCAGCUUCGUCCGAAAAGGAUGGUUUCUGGAUGAUAACUUUAGUAUCAGUGAAUAGAAAUCAAUAAAAUUUUAACACAAUGUUUAUAACCACAAAAGGAAGGAUGGGAUUGAUUUUGAGGGUUAUGGUCCCAAGGGUUAAGGAAUUACUUUUUUUUUUAAACAUUUUGAUUAGGUAAUUGAGUAUUGAAACAAUACUAGUUUGAUUGAUAACUGUCUUCUUUGGCUUUGUGAACAAACCCAUGCUCUAAAUCCAAUAAAAUUUGUUUGCACAUGCAUAUACAUGUAUUGUCUUCUUCAGAAUAAUGAAUUUGAUAAAAUUAUCAUGCGCUUAAUAUAUUUCCUUAACUUUAAAACACUUUCAAAAUGGUGCACAUGAUGUUACUAAUUCAUUUAUCAUACGAGUUGCGGAGGGUAUAAUGUUUUUGACCCUUCAGUCCGUCCGUCCGUCAGUCCUGUUUCUUGUCAUCGCAACUCCUCUCAAACCACACAACAGAAUUUCACGAAACCUUUUCAGAUAAUAAGGAUAUACUAUGUAGUUGUGCAUAUCGACGGGAAAUUGCGAUUCAAUUUUUUUUCUAGGAGUUACGCCCCUUUGAACUUAUUUACUUGAAUGUACUACUGCAACAGUUUGUCAUCGCAACUCCUUUCAAACCACACAACAGAAUUUCACGAAACCUUUUCAGAUAUUAAGGACAUACUAUGUAGUUGUUUAUAUUGACGGGAAAUUGCGAUUCAAUUUUUUCCUAGGAUUUACGCCCCUUUGAACUUAUUUGAUUCAAUGUACUACUGCAACAGUUUGUCAUCGCAUCUCAUCUCAAACCACACAACAGAAUUUCACGAAACCUUUUCAGAUAAUAAGGACAUACAAUGUGGUUGUGCAUAUUGACGGGAAAUUGAAAUUCAAUUUUUUUUCUAGGAGUUACGCCCCUUUGAACUUAUUUGCUUCAAUGUACUUCUGCAACAGUUUUGUCAUCGCAUCUCCUCUGAAACCACACAACAGAAUUUCAUGAAAUUUUGUAGAUAAUAAGGACAUACUAUUUAGAUGUGCAUAUUGGCAUGAAAUUAAUUUUUCUUAUUCAAUUUUUUUUUCUUACACUUAUUUAAUUUCUCCAAUGACAAUGUGGGGACAUGGGGUAUGUGAGCGUGCUCACUAAGGUUCUUUAAUUAUGACUGUAAUGUGUUGCAUUUUGAAAUUGACCUAUUAGACCUAGAUACGACAACCCUUCAUGCUGGCUGUUCAAACUCCUCCCUCUGAAAAAUCACAGUGCCAGCUGUUUGCUUCUUUACAAACAAAAAAGGGAGGUUCAUGGAAGUGCCUACUCAGAAACCUUCGCUGUGUCAACGAUUUAAUCACAAUUAAAAUUCAGAGCUGUAUAAAGCUUGAAUGUUGUGUCCAUACUUGUCUCAACUGUUCAAGGUUCGACCUCUGUGGUCGUAUAAAGCUGCGCCCUGUGGAGCAUCUGGUUACGUGUUAAGCAUUGAUGUGCAUAUUAUUUUUUAUGAAAAUCAGGCCAUAAGUUUUGGGAGUACAUGUACUUCGAUAUUAUUUAUUAAUCACAAUUUUGAGAAACACCGUUUUUGUGCUAAUAUGUUUUUUUGUGGUUUUUUGUUCCUUUAUUUUUUAGGUUGGAGAUUAAACUCUAUUUUUGUCUUGUCUUAAUAAAAAAAAUCACCAUAAGUACUUCUGUGAUAGUUUUGUAAUAAAAAUUGAGUAUUAUGGUAAAUUGAUUCCCAGUUUCAAAGGAAAAUUUUCUCAUUUUUGCAAAAUUUGGCCUGGAUUUCAAUUUCAUCAUGAAAUAUCACAAAGUUUACAAUUUGGUUCUAAAAUAGUCAUUUCAAAAGCACAACUGCUAGGUAAACAAAGGAGUAGGUCCAGUAAGACCCCUUUUUGGCCCCAAAAUAUAGCAGUUUUACAAAAUUGUUAAAAUAUAUACUUUUAGUUAUUUAUUGCACAGUAAAAUGCUUCUGUUUCAUAAAUAUGGGCUGUUUUUGACAAUACCAUGCACAUAUAUCGAGUACUAGCACCAUUAAGUCAGGCUAAAUUAUUGAAAACUUCACAAUUCUAGCAUUUUAGUUAAAUUUUAGACGGUUUUCGUGUAAAACGAAAGUGGUCGCAUUCGUGUUCAUCCUUAAUAUUGAAAUGUAAGUUGUAUUUCACGAUAAUACAUAACAUAUAUAAAGGUUGAGGAUGAACACGGAUGCGGACCAUGUCAUUUCAGACAAAAACCAGCUGAAAAGUGAUAUUUUUCUGCAUAUUUGGUAGAUUUUUCAUAUUUCAGCUUGAAUCUGUGCGUUUUUUAUGACUAAAUCAGUUAAAAUCUUUCACAUAAACUAAUUGAUUCAAAUAAAAUAGACUUUUAAGUGUUUAAAAAGUGUACAAAAUCUUUCGUCAGAUGAACAUGAAAUUUGAGGCCAAAUUCGGUCCUUACCGGACCUACUCCUUUCUUCAUGAAAGUAUAGGAUUCAAAUUCAACACAUAAUGUAUUUAUUAAAAUACAACGAUUUUUUGGAAAACUUGGGUUACAAUCUGCAAAGGUGCUAACGUUUAUAUUGAAGUCUUGAGUCAAACAUGGAUUAGGACUGGUGAUUAUGAUAAAAACUGUCAUAUUAGAAUUAGGGAAAAUUGGCCCAAAACUGAUGUUAAAAAAAAAUAAUACAUAGUUACACGAUUAAGUGGUCACAACUAUAUAUUUUAAGAUGUGGGUUUCCAAAAGAACUUAUUUGUAUUUAAGUAAAGUUUUUGCUUCAAUCAAUCUCAAACUUUGAAAAGCAUAUUUGUUUGUUGCAUUGCAACAAUAAUUGUUUUAAAGAUUUAAAAUGCUAUUCAAACCGAUUUCUAGUGUCAAGUUUUAAGUAAAAAGUUUGUAUAAGUUUAAGAGAUUUUAAUCACAAAUUUUGAGAAUUUUGAAAAACAUAUUUUUGUUUAGUUGCUAUUGCAAAUUGAUUUCCUGUGUCCUAAAUUACUCAUUGAUCACCAUUUAUGAAAUGGCUUUCCUUAUUGCCUAACAAUAUGGUAGUCAGCUAAAGAUUUAAUAAAACUUGACCCUAUUAGAUAUACAAAUGUAUUGAUGUGUUUGUAUCAGAAUUAAUUAUUUGAUUAUGUGCCUCACACUAAAACUGUGCAGCAUCAUUA